AACAUAGGACAAAAAUCCAACCGUCGGUUAACUCUACACAAUUCCACGCCCCACCGAUUUUUUGCCCCAAGUUCACAAACCCUAGAAACAGAAGCGUUUCUAUUCGAUUCGAUUUUGCGAAGCAAUCCAAAAUGUUGAGGCACGCGACGAACAGGAUUCUCGGUCAAGGGCUGCGGUCCCCUGCGGCGGCGGGCUUGCGCAUGUACCACGAGAGGGUGGUGGAUCACUACAACAACCCGAGGAAUGUGGGGGCGUUUGACAAGAACGACCCGGAUGUUGGGACGGGUCUCGUCGGAGCUCCUGCCUGUGGCGAUGUUAUGAAGCUGCAGAUUAAGGUUGAUGAGAAGAGCGGAAAAAUAGUUGAUGCUCGUUUUAAGACAUUCGGCUGCGGUUCCGCCAUUGCCUCCUCUUCAGUUGCCACCGAAUGGGUGAAAGGUAAACAAAUGGAAGAAGUGCUAUCAAUAAAGAAUACGGAAAUUGCAAAACAUCUUUCUCUUCCACCAGUGAAACUUCAUUGCAGCAUGCUUGCUGAGGAUGCAAUAAAGGCUGCUGUGAGAGAUUAUGAGGCAAAGCGCUCGAAACUAAAUGCCAGCCAAGAUGCUGCACCUAUGGAGAAAGCUGCAGAUGCUUGAGGAUGUGCGUCAGUAUCGAGUUUAUGUGUUACUAAUUAUGUCGAAUAAUGGAUUGUACUUGGAUAUAGGUACGCCUUUGCUUUUAAUAUAGUCCUCCCUACCCCUUUCCUUGUAAUACUUUAAGGACGAAUAUAUGUAAAUACAUAGCGGAUUUUGGUAACAUCAGUCCCCUUUAAUCGAAUCUCUUAUUUUGAACCACUUUGAGGCUACUUUUUUCCUUGCUGUA